AAUCUCUUCAGACCUUCAUAAGCCCAAAUUAGACUGGAGGAAAUUUUUACUGUGAAUAACCCUGUCUUAAACAUUUCCAAUCUAUUGGAAACGGGUAUAACUAAAUGCUUUGUCUUCUUGCUUCUCUCUCUGUUUGUUUGUGAGGCACAGAUGGGCAAGCAGCUGAUGCAGGAGGCAGUUCCACACGCAGCACACUCAAGCGAGGACCCGGAGGCAUCUUGAAAUAGAAAUUCAAAAGAGGAGGAGGAGGAGCAGGAGGAGAGAAAAGAAGGAGGUUUUGAGUGAGAGCAUUGGUAUGCCAAGCUCAGUACCUAGCAUGGCUGUGCAGAAGAAACAGAGUGUCAUUCCUCCAUCGCAGGGACCUCUUUCUACACGUACCAUUGAAAGCCAAAGGAAGGGAAACAGAUUUGAGAGAACAGGAGAGAAUGGCUCUCACCACAAACCAGUUUCAGUGACAAAAACAGCAACCUGUUCUGUCAACAAAUCGGCCCAAAUCUGCAACACGGUUACUCCACGGGCUGCCGCAGCAGGUAAUGGAUUAAAUGUUGACGAGAGACUGAAAGCAGCACGAGAAAGAAGAGAAGAGCACCAGAAGCAACUUGCCUCUCGGGAGCUGAGCAGGUUAGAGCGGGAGCAGCGGGCCAGGCGUUACUAUGAACAACAACUGCAGGAACGCAAGAAGAAACUUCUGGAGCAGAGGCUCAAAGAGGAGAGGAGGCGUGCUGCUGUGGAAGAGAAGCGGAAGCAGAGGCUGAAAGAGGAGAGAGAACGGUAUGAAUAUGCAGUGCGUAGGACACUGGAGAAAAGCCAAAGGGCCCAACAGAACCUCGGUCAAAAUGGAAGAGGAAGGAAGCUCACUAAAAAUGUUCCACGUCGCUUGCCACUGACAACAUGGGAGAAGAAUUUGGUCAGUCGCCUCCUUACCCCCACAUGCUCUUAUCUGGCCAGGAGCAAGAGUGCUGCUUGUCAGUCAGGAGAAGAAGUUGUCCAUGUUUGUCGCCGUGCAGUUUCAUUCCACUCCAUGAAUACCACCACCACCACCACCACUCACAAACCCCAGCACCACUCUGGUUCAGUCCACAACAGGCCAUCUGCUUCCUCGAGUACCAACAACAGCCAGCACAGAAGCAUCAGUGUGGCACAGAUUAAAGCAGCAAGGCGACAAGACAUUAAGAGGAACUCAAGUAGUCAAUCAAAUGCCGUCAACACCAGUGUAAAAUCAGCCACCGUGACACCAAGCAGAACAUCCUCUCCCUCUGCAGAACGGACCUCCCAAAGAUCAGUGAUCAGACAUCCGACCCUGCUGCAGCUUGAGCUCCCAUCAGUCCCUGAGGAAGCAGAUGUUGCUGUUUGCAACUCUGCCCUCUCUCCUGGUAACUCCAGGCCUGUCAGGACAUCAGCUGAAGGUCAGCAACAGAAACUGAAGGAGGAAAAUCCACCAGAGCCUCCAAGUUCAAACCUACCUGACAAAGAGAAAGAGGGAUUACCCAGAACAACAGGAGAUGGAAGUGUCUCCAAAAUACCGCCUUGUUCAGCUCCACAGGCGCCUGAAGUCGUGUCCCGCCCCUCAGCUGGGACCACAGAUCCAGAGGAGGCCUCACGUCUCCUGGCUGAAAAGAGGAGAGAGGCCCGACUACAGCGGGAGAAAGAAGAGCAGGAGCGUUUACAGAGAGAGGAGGCCGAAAGGCGAAGCCGUGAAGAACUGGAGCGCAGGAGGGCAGAGGAGCGAGCACGACAGCAGGCUGAGGCUCAGCGUCUCAUAGAGGAGAAGAGGAGACGGGAGCAAGAAGAACAGAGACGAGCUGAGGAAGAGAGAGCUCAGGCUAUGAGGGAAGCAGCCCUCUUGCAGAAACAGAGAGAGGAGGAACUAGCCAAAGAACGAGAGCGAGCAGAGCAGUUGAAACAAGAGCGGGAAAUGCUCGCACAGAAAGAGGAGGCAGAACGCCAAGCAAGGAAAAAGCGACUUGAGGAGAUCAUGCGGAGAACCAGAAGGACAGAUUCUCCAGAUACGAAAUCUGUUCCAGUGAGGAUUCUGUCAAACGAAGCUCAACCAAAGGAAAACACACAGCCUGUGCACAAUGGAAUGAUAGGAGAUGCAGUCAAGAUGCCAGUGGGAACUAAAACCACACAGCUGGGACUGAACAACCAGGAGGACAUGCUACCUGUUGUGGCCUUCAAAGAACGCAGGUCUCUUAGAACGCUCACUGGCCUGGAGGAAAUCCAGACCCACCAACGUGCAGAGGUCAUCUGAAUGUCUGCAGCACGGUGUGACUUUAAAAAGCUUUGUUGGAGACCUGCGAGGCACAAGAGUUACUGCAGCACAGCUAUCUUGCGCACCAUCAGCACUUUGAAAGAGCAUGUAAAAUUACAGCCUUGCCUCCCAGAGAGGAUGUCAGCAUUCGGUCACUUGUCUGUGUGUAACCAGUGGCACAAACAUAAAGCAAAAAUCAUAUAUGAGCUUUGUCAGUACAGCAGUUUUCUGAUCUAGUCAUGACUAUCCAAAAAGCAGUAGAUGUAGACUUGUGCAGGCAAAUGCAGUGUAUCAAUUAAGGAGAGACUUCGCCUCUGUCGAAAUAUUAGGAAUAGCAAUUCUAAGUCACAAUAUGCCGUAUGCUUUUUUGCUUAUUCCUGGUAUUUCUUGCCACCCUAGCACUUUUCCUUCCUCGGUUUUGUCACUGUGGAAUUAGAAUAGCUCAAGUGGCAGUUUGCACUGACAAUACAAGAGUAUAAUGUGUUAGUGAAAGAUGACUUCCUGCAUUCCCACUGUACCUUAACCCUGGGUUUCGUAAAGUAUAGCAAACAUGUAUUUGAAAGCUGCUAAGGAACAUAGUUUCCAAAGAUUCUGCUUCAUUUUGUGUGUGUGUGUGUGUGUGUUUGCAGCAAUUUAGAGAAUACAAUGCACAAAGCAUUUCUUUCACUGACUGCUAUGUUUGAUAUUGCAUAAUCACUUUACAAGCAAAGUCCAAGGCAUAGAGUAUAAAGAGUUUAAUAAUAUAAAAGCAUUAAAAAAAAAGCUGUAUCUGAUCUGCAAUAUUUGAUCUUAUAGUUUAAGUACUGCUUAUGACUAUCACGUUAGCCUA